AUGGCCUCUGCAACUGGCAUUCCGGAAGAGCGGGCGUCCGCCCUGCCAGGCGGCGUCGAGAACGAGCCGCUGCUCGGGGAGCCGGGCACAGUGACCCAGCGCGAGGACCAGAGCAUCUUCACCAACCUGAUUACCGGUAGGUCUGCGGGCAGCGGUGGACGGGGAUCGACGGCCGGUGGUGGAUGGGACGCUGACUCUGCGCUUCUAGGGACUGCGAGCCUGGCGCAGGUUGGGAUUCUGAUCACUGACCAGAAUGUCGCCCUCGUCUGGUCCGGGAUCUUCACUCACGACCUCAUCUUCUUCUCGCCGCACCCGCUCCUCAACUCCGUCGGAAUCCUGCUCACCGUGCAGGCAAUCCUCGUCGUACAGCCAACCAGGACCCCCCAGCAGAAGCAAACCGGUGCUCUCACGCACUUUGGGUUCCUCGCCGUCGCAAACCUGGCCUUCAUCUCGGCCCUCAUCAUCAUCGAGAUCAACAAGCAGAGCCAUCCGGAAACCCGUUUCUCCUCUGUCCAUGGAGUCCUCGGCCUGAUAACCUACAUCAUCAUCUUCCUGCAGUCGGCCGUCGGUGUUGCGCAGUACUUCUUCCCAGAGACCAUCUUUGGCAGCGUUGAGAACGGAAAGAAGAUAUACAAAUGGCACCGUGUGAGCGGAUACGUGCUCUUUGUCCUGGAAUUGGCAGUAGUUAUAGCUGCUACCAAGACGGAUUAUAACGUCAAGACCCUGCAUAUUGGAUUCUGGCCGGUCAUCAUUUCAGCGUUUCUCACCUUUGCCGGUGUCGUGGCGAGAGUCAAGAGGUACAAGCUGCCGGCUUUCUUACGAGGAUCGACUUCUGCACCAAGCAUAUAA